AUGGGAUGGGAGCACGAGGUUCACUUCAUGAAGACCGCCCCAAUGAGCUCCAUGGCAAGCAACAUCGGGGGGAAGACUUUCCACAACUUCAGCAAGCUCGGGAUCGAUCUUAUCACGGGGGUGGAGAACGUGUCCGUGGAGCUGCUGGACGCCGUGCACAGGCAGGUGAAGGACUCGACGAGGGACAAGGGGAACCCGUGGGCCGUGGACGCACGCGCCCCGAAACAGUUCGCCAUGCUCGGCGGUCUGAACCUGGUACUUCUCGGAGAUCUGUGGCAGAUCCCGCCCGUGAGGACUCUCAGUAUUGCUGCCAAUCCUUUCAUGAAGUGGUCCGCCAACGUCGGCCGCAUGCUCGAGAUGUUUUGGACAGAGGGCUUGCCGCGCUCGGCGACUCACCGCUACGCCCUGACCCAGUCGCACCGCUGCCCAGACCCGUGGUGGAGGAGCUUCCUCGCAGAAGCGCGCGCGGGGAGUCUGUCGGACAGAAUGUACGAUUUCGCCCACGGUUUUCCCGCUGAUGUGCCCGGCUCCUGGAUGCCCGCAAGCCCCGGCAGCGCCGAGGCCUCGGCGGGGCACCUCGGCUGCGGGAAAGCGAAGUGCCGCGCGCUCUGGACGUGCGAGCUCUUGAGUGCGCUGACUGCAGCGCGGAACGCCGUCGGCGCUGCCGCGUCGCCUCUCAGAGCGACGCCAGACAGCGGGAGGUCGAAGGAGUCCCUUGCCAACGCCAGGCAGAAGUGGCUGAUGCACCCGGAAAACAAGACUGGCGGAGUUCCGGGCGUGCUUCCGAUCUUCGAAGGGAUGCGCGCGCGCUUCGCGACCACGGAGAAUGCGGAGGCGGGAGCCUGCAAGCCUUCCUGGGGGACAGUGACUGGCUGGGUUCUCCAUCCGGACGAUUCGAAGCUGGUGAAAGAGCAGAGGGCCGAGCCAGAGCUGGUCCUGCAGCACGUGCCCGAUGCGAUCAUGCCUGCUGGCGUCCUCCCGGUGAAGCUGAAGGAAGUGCCCUGGGAUCGCAGUCCCGGCUUCAAGGCCAUGGUGGAGCGCGCGGGUUUCCCGCUCGUCCCGCACUUCGCCGCCGCGGCCCACUGCGUCACCGGCUCCACUCUUCCGCAGGCCAUCGUCGACCUCCUGGACGCGCGGACGACGCCCCGUUCGUCCAUGGCCCCCACUGGCUACGUGGCCAUCAGCCGUGCCAGGAGGGCGGACGACCUGAUCAUCACCCAGCCUUUUUCCCCCAUGCUGUUCCGCCAGGGGCAUCAGACGGGCCCGUGGCUCCUGCACUCCCUUACAUCUGGGGAGAUGACGACGGAACAGGCGAAAGCAAGUUGGGCCAAGGCAGAGAGGGAAGCCGCGUCCAGGUCGUCGAAGAAGUUGGUGGACGCCACGUUCCAGUGCGCCGAUUGCCACCAGCGAGAAAAAACUGGCAAUUUCCCAGACAGUGGCAUGAGAACGAGCGACUCCCUGGAGCACGCCGUGGCGGUGCUGAGCCAGGGGGCCUGGGGGAGGUGCGCCUUCUGCGUUCAGAAGCGGACCUCUGCUUCGGGCGCACCUGCCGCGGCUGCAGCGCCGUUCGCCGCGGAAGGCAGAGACGUGCUCGUCUGCAAGCGCUGCAAGGAGCCCAAACACUUGACGAAUUUCCGACGCAGCGAGGUGAAUGACCCGAAAGGCAGAGGGGCGCUGGACCUCGCCGUUUGCGUGGCGCGCACCCCGGAGCGGCAGCAUUUCGACGUGUUGUCGGCGGCCCGCCUGUUGAAGUGUCGCAUCUGCAAGCGGGGCGUGCCCGCGGAGCAGCUCGAUGCAGCUUUUUUUUAA